AUGCGUAGGAACAAUCGCACACGUUGCACUAUUGAUGAUGUGAAUGGAAUGCUUGCCAGAAACGCGCAGCUACGCAACGCCUUACAGGAAAGGUACAAGCAGUUGAAAAUGCGAUAUGAACAGCUGGCAGCUCUGAGAGCGGCCCUCUCUCCUUCGCGGGGGGUGACUCUGAGGAAACUAGGUGUAAGACAGGAAACUGCUGACGGUGCCGAGGAGGUACGUUUCCUUGACGAUUAUACAACGGGAGGUGUGGGUAAUCCCCCCUUUCGUGACGCUGGUAUUUAUUCAGCCAAGAAUAUUGUAUGUUACGCACCGGUUCCACCUACACGAGACGAGUUGCGAUGGAAAGGAGUGACGUUGGCAUUUCCACAGUUGGCAUACGUACAUUCUUUGGCAAUGCUGCCGGAAACAGCGAACAGUUUUUCUAAAGCUCUCCAGUGGAGUCGAGAAGAAGAUAGUGCACUCAGAGAGCAGGUUCACGCCUACAAGGGCGCAAGGUGUGGACCUUCUUUUUGGAAAGCACUUGGUGCACCCGGUCAAUCACGAUUCGAAGUGGCGAGUCAUUAUAUUAGGUUGCAGCAGCUUGGACUCAUCGAACCGGGGAAAAACGACAAAACGAUGAUGUGGAUCCCAGAGGAACAACGCGAUAUUGCUUUGCGGGAGGCAGUGUGGCGUCAUUUAGGUGAUGAGGGUGGCAUUAUGGCGGCUUACGUGGAAAUUAUUAGCGUUGCAGCACGGAAAUGUGUGUACCUUUCGGAGGUAACAUGUAAUGAAUCACUUGUGUUCCCUCCGUAUGUGUGGGUGAAGCGUACCACCUUCAAUUGGCUAACUUCACUUCUCAUACAGAAAGCGAAAGCUCCUCUCGUGCGAUGUGAAGGAGAAUUUUCAGAUGAUACACCUUUGUGCAUGCACUUUAAGAGUGACAUUUCCCUAAAACUUUCUGCAGAAGAUAUGAUGGCGUGUUUGUUGGCUUUCAAGGGUGAGGUGUUCGGAGAGGUGGGUGGACUGCGGUUUAUUGAGCGCGCGUUUUUGCCGAAGAAUAGGACCUAUGCACUGAAGGCCACAGACUUCAUGGCUAAAAGAGAGGGCAAGAAACAUAAACUGGAUGAAGAAGUUUGA